CGGGGUGUCCUGGGGUGGAUAACGAGCGACUGGAAAAGCCUGAUAAAGUACCUUCUGGGAGCAGCCGUGGCGAGGAGACUCCGCGUAGAGAUUUGGAAACAAAUUGUCUGUCAUUACAAUUAAAAUGGGAGGAAUUGGUGGUCGUGUGUUACACGUUGAGUCACAGGCGACGCCGAUGUCGUAGCUGCUUUUACCUCAGUAUCAAUACGUCGAACUGCGCUUCCGUGUUGUGUUAUCGUAUAUGAACAAUUAAAGGCUCAUAUGUGAUACUGUAGCUGUGUAAACCAUAAUACAUUUUUUUUUUCUUUUAAUCUUAAAGUCAUAGUGUUGAGUGUAUUUGAGUAUAUUUGCGUGCGAGGAGAAAACUGGCCUGGGUUUGUCCCAGGCAUGAAAAGGAAAGCGAACGCUAUGGGCGCAACUCUAAGCAAUGAUUCGGCUUCAAGUCGGACCGUGUCCUCCGCUCAAAAACCGUCAACGUCUUCCAAUGAAGAUUUUUUCCCUGUUCCUCUGGAGAUCCUGGAGGAGAUCUUCCUGAAUCUUCCCCCUGAUCAGGUGGUUUGUAUUUGUCGGCUGGUGUGCCAUCAAUGGAAAGAAGUGGCCGACAGUGAGUCUUUGUGGCGGGAGAGAUGUAGAAGGGAAGGAUAUCGCCUCCGCGACGCCGCCAGAAUACCCAGCGACUGGAGGUUGUUUUACUUCCUGUGCGAGAAGAGGAGGAAUCUUCUCAAGAAUCCAAGAGGAGAACAUAACAUGAAGGGCUGGCAGAUAUUGGAGAAUGGUGGCGAUAAGUGGAAAGUAGAGGGGCUCAUGGUGCCACACCCAGACGAGACAGUCCAGAAAAGCUUUGUGACCUCUUACAGCAUCUGCAAGAAGGCCCAGCUGAUCGAUUUGGAGAAGGAAGGUUACAACCCAUCAUUUAUGGAUCACUUCCAGCCAGACAUCAGAGUAUCGGAUUGGUAUGCGCCGCGAUGGGACUGUGGCAGUGAGUACCACAUCUGUGUAGAGCUGCUGAAUCACAGAAAGAGGCGCAUCCAGACCUUUGCUCCCGGGACCGUUUUCUUCGAACAGUGGAACGAUCAGAAAUGGAAUCAGAUAACCCAUGUUUUCAAGAACUAUGGACCAGGAGUAAGAUACAUCCGUUUUACCCACGGAGGCAAGGACACGCAGUUCUGGGCAGGAUGGUACGGAAUUCGUGUUACUGACAGCUGCGUUGAGAUAUGCCCGGCGGUAGACACAUAGACUCUGUGUGAUUCAUGUAAUGCCUGCUUCCUGCCUUUGCCUGAAAUUGCACAAUCAUAUUUUUCUUGUAUAAUCUGUGGUCAUUUUACGUGUUAAAGGAAUGUUUUCUUUGCGUAAAAAGCUAUAAAAAAAUUCCCAAGGCUGCACCUGGAGAAAACAAACAGUAUAUGUAGAUUGAAAAUGGUCUCUUAAGUAAAGUCAUCUAAGUCAUCUGGUCACGGAAAUUGUCAGGGACAAGUAGCUAUGUACGGCAUCAAAGCAGCUUUGAGGAACAGGCUCUUUGAAUGGUCUGUCUGGCUCCGAUGUUUAUGUUUACUUGUCAGUAUUCAUUGAAAGAUGGUGUGAUAAAGUAAUAUGAAGACAUCACUGUGUGUUGUGAUCUCAUCAUUUUUGACAGAAUGACUGCUACAUGGAUUCGUACAAGAAAAAAAAAAAAAAAAUUAAAAAGUUGACCUUUCUUAUCACACCACCGAUUCUGUCCGCACUACUCUUUGGCCCACCAGCCACAAUGGAAAUAUUCUUUGCACUGCUCUGUAAUGUUUAAGUGGUGAUGCUGAAAAUUCUUAAUUAAAACAAUUCUUCUUG